AAGAAGCUGGUGGAGUCGAGCCGCCGCCGCCGCCGCCACCGGGGCUGGGAGCGACCGGGCUGCGUCGUGGUGGCGUUUGGUGGGCCGCACGAUGCGUCUGUUUCUGCUGGCGGUGCUCCUCUGGUGCUCCUGCGCGCGCGCCGGCUGCGAGCCGAAGAUCGUGAACAUCGGGGCCGUGCUGAGCCAGAAGAGGUACGAGCAGGUCUUCAAAGAUGCGGUGACCCAGGCCAACCAGAUCUACGGCAGGGACAAAUUCAAGCUGACCGCCAUCUCCGUCACGCACAAACCCAACGCCAUCCAGAUGGCCCUCUCCGUGUGCGAGGACCUCAUCUCCAGCCAGGUCUACGCCAUCCUGGUGAGUCACCCUCCCCAGUCCAAUGACCACCUCACCCCAACGCCAGUCUCCUACACGGCAGGCUUCUACCGCAUCCCCGUGGUGGGGCUGACCACCCGCAUGUCCAUCUACUCCGACAAGAGCAUCCACCUGUCCUUCCUGCGGACGGUGCCUCCCUACUCCCACCAGGCGCACGUGUGGUUCGACCUGAUGCGCGAGUUCAACUGGAACCACAUCAUCCUGAUAGUGAGCGACGACCACGAGGGGCGGGCCGCUCAGAAGAGGCUCGAGACCCUCCUGGAGGAGAGGGAAACGAAGAAUAAAAAAAGGAACUAUGAAAACCUCGACCAACUGUCCUUUGACAACAAGCGAGGACCUAAGGCAGAGAAAGUCCUCCAGUUCAGCCAGGAGACUAACUUAACUGCAAUGCUGCUGGAGGCCAAAGAGCUGGAGGCCCGAGUCAUCAUCCUGUCCGCCAGCGAGGAGGACGCUGCCGCGGUGUACAAGGCCGCCCGCUUCCUCAACAUGACGGGCUCGGGCUACGUGUGGCUGGUGGGCGAGCGGGAGAUGUCGGGUAAAGCCCUGAGCGAGGCGCCGGACGGUCUGAUCGGCCUCCAGCUCAUCAACGGGAAGAACGAGUCGGCCCACAUCAACGACGCCGUGGCCGUGGUGGCUCAGUCCAUCCAGGAGCUGUUUGAGAAGGAGAACAUCACGGAGCCCCCCAGAGGAUGUGUGGGCAACACCAACAUCUGGAAGACGGGGCCGCUCUUCAAACGGGUGCUGAUGUCGUCGAAAUACCCAGAGGGCCUGACGGGACGCGUGGAGUUCAACGACGACGGAGACAGGAAGUACGCCCACUACAGCAUCCUCAACUACCAGAAGAGUCGACUCAUUCAAGUCGGCAUCUACAACGGAACGCAGGUGGUGAUGAACACGCAGAGGAAGAUCAUCUGGCCCGGAGGAGAGACGGAGAAACCGCGGGGCUUCCAGAUGUCCACUCGAUUAAAGAUAGUGACGAUACACCAGGAGCCAUUUGUGUAUGUGAAACCCACUCAGCUGGACGGAACAUGCAAGGAGGAAAUGACUUUAAACGGAGUCUUAAUUAAAAAGGUUAUCUGCACUGGGCCCAAUGAGACCAUCCCAGGACGUCCAAUUGUGCCCCAAUGUUGUUACGGAUUCUGUGUUGAUCUCCUCAUCAAGUUGGCUAAGACCAUGAACUUCACCUAUGAGGUGCACCUGGUGGCCGAUGGGAAGUUCGGAACUCAGGAGCGGGUGAACAACAGUAACAAGAAAGAGUGGAAUGGCAUGAUGGGCGAGCUCCUGGGGGGCCUGGCCGACAUGAUUGUAGCCCCACUGACUAUAAACAACGAACGAGCCCAGUACAUCGAGUUCUCCAAACCCUUUAAAUAUCAAGGCCUCACCAUCCUUGUUAAAAAGGAAAUCCCUCGCAGUACGCUGGACUCGUUCAUGCAGCCGUUCCAGAGCACGCUGUGGCUGCUGGUGGGUCUUUCGGUGCAUGUGGUGGCGGUGAUGCUUUACCUACUAGACCGGUUCAGCCCAUUUGGAAGAUUUAAAGUAAACAGUGAAGAGGAAGAGGAAGACGCCCUCACCUUAUCCUCUGCUAUGUGGUUCUCCUGGGGAGUGUUGCUGAAUUCUGGUAUCGGAGAAGGUGCACCGCGCAGCUUCUCAGCGAGAAUCCUGGGGAUGGUGUGGGCCGGAUUUGCCAUGAUCAUAGUGGCUUCCUAUACCGCCAACCUGGCUGCCUUCCUGGUGUUGGACAGGCCCGAGGAGCGCAUCACCGGCAUCAACGACCCCAGGCUGAGGAACCCAUCCGACAAGUUCAUCUACGCCACGGUGAAGCAGAGCUCCGUGGACAUCUACUUCCGGCGGCAGGUGGAGCUUAGCACCAUGUACCGCCACAUGGAGAAGCACAACUAUGAGAGUGCCGCCGAAGCUAUCAAAGCCGUGCGCAACAACAAGCUGCAUGCUUUCAUCUGGGACUCCGCGGUGCUGGAGUUCGAGGCCUCGCAGAAGUGCGACCUGGUGACCACCGGAGAGCUGUUCUUCCGCUCGGGCUUUGGCAUCGGCAUGCGCAAGGACAGCCCCUGGAAGCAGAACGUGUCCCUGGCCAUUCUCAGUUCUCAUGAGAACGGCUUUAUGGAAGACCUAGAUAAAACCUGGGUGAGAUACCAGGAGUGUGACUCCCGGAGCAAUGCCCCAGCCACGCUCACCUUUGAAAACAUGGCAGGAGUUUUCAUGCUGGUGGCAGGAGGAAUAGCUGCAGGGAUCUUCCUAAUCUUCAUUGAAAUCGCCUAUAAGCGGCAUAAAGACGCCCGCAGGAAGCAGAUGCAGCUCGCCUUUGCGGCGGUCAAUGUUUGGAGGAAGAACCUGCAGGACACUCAGGAGGCCUGUGGAAGUCAAGCUGCGGCCGGGACCCCCUCAUUACCCUCUUCCUCUCUAGAGACUCAGGAUGAUAGGAAAAGUGGUAGAGCAGAGCCCGACCCCCAAAAGAAAGCCUCUUUUAGGUCCAUCAGUACCACCCUGGCUUCCAGCAUCAAGAGACGUAGGUCCUCCAAAGACACGCAGUACCCACCCACUGACAUCACGGGCCAACUCAACUUGUCUGACCCGUCUGUCAGUACCGUGGUGUAAAAAAAAAGAGAGGGAGAGGCACCGAGGAGGUGUGAGAGAGCGAGAGAGAGAGAGUGGAGAGGAGACGAGGAAAAGAAAGAAGGAAAGAUGGAGGGAGAAGCCGUCUCCUCGCCGAAGAAGAAGCCGGAGCUUUUCUUUUCACCGCCCCGCCGCCUGACGGAGGAGCGGUGAGAGGAAACCGCCCGCUGAGCGAGUGUCUGAAAACACUCAACUUGCACCUUUUAUUUGAUUUGAUUUUCUUUUAAGUUGGGGUCACCCGACCUUUCGGUGUCCGUCGGGUCCCUGAGCAUGCGCAGAAGAACCCACCCCGACCUUCAUCCUUCUGUAUAUUACCAGCACUUACUUAUUUAACCCUUGUUUUGGUCCUUAUACUCACAAAGGUUUACUGAAUGUUUGAUGUUCUAGUACUGUUAGUACAGCUGUAUAAGUUUAAGCAAGCCAGGUUUAGUUUAGUUAAAUUCACGGAUUAAGUACUAAACAUAUCACCUGUUAGGGCUUAGAUACCAUAUACAGUAAUAUCUCGUUUUUUCUCAACAACAUAUACCGCAAUACAUACUGUAAGCUUCAGUAUCGAGUAGUUUUUAAUGGAGAUAUUGUUUUUAAGCAACAUUUUUAGAAGGUUUCUUUCAUUGAGAAACACUAAUAAUGGCACUAAUGAUCAAAUAUGACUAAUCUGGUGCACAGUUGGAGCUGAUGGAAGCAUGCGUGUGCUUGUAUGCCAAUAAGAGCUUUAUGUAUAUCUGAAUGAUGACAUAGAUAACUAUGGAUAUAGCAGAUGCUGUCUGACUGUUUUCCCUUUUCAUUUUGUUUUCAAUGUUUUUUUGUUCUAGAACUCACUUUCUUAAAGGAGAAAUCUGUUCGAGCGUUCCAACGAUAUUUGUGGUGUUGUGUCACUUUUGGGGACGCCCCCCCCCUCUCUCUUCCUCCCUCCUGCCACAGCAGUCUUUCUCACUUCCAGUCUCCAAAGGGGGUUGCAUCAAAGGGCCAGGUCUUUCGCCCCCCCGACCGGCACUCGGCCUUUCGUGCCAAACCUCCUCAUGCCGACGCCCUCCUGGCGCCGGUUGAGCUUUCGCACGAAGGAGCCCCCCCCCCCCCCCCCCCCCCGAGUGAUUUUGAAAGCUUGGCCCCAGCUCCUUCGAGAGCUCGUGGGCCCUGUCUUGGUCUUAAGGGUGUCAAAGCAGGCCUUUUCCCCGUCCACUGGAGCUGAGAAACCACUGCUGUUCUGUUGACAAAAAGACUAUGGCGUCGCGUCCGCUCUCUGGCACGCCGCAUAGCACCCCAAUGCCGAGGGCGUCCCCCAAACUGUGAUGAGAUGAAUCUAUUGGAUCCACCGAGAAACUAGAACAGAACCGCGAUAACACCGGUGAGAGGAACGAACUCCACCAAUGUCUUUUUCUUUGUUGUUUCUUUUAUUUUGAAAAAUCUGUAAGUCUCAGAAGGACAGGACGUUUUAUUUUUCCGGCCCUGAACCCGAGAGUGAGCUCCUCGAUUGCGUUCUCGCUCCUGCAUGCUUACGUGUUGUUACAGUAUCGGUGCUUGGGUUUUGCUCUUGGACUCGUGUUGUUGCCGUGACGACCGUUCAGCCCGAGCUGAGUCGAAAAGGGAAGUGUAUAAAAAAAAUUGCGGUUCGGUGUCGACGGGGUUCGAGGUGAAU